UUAAGAUGAGCGCAGCUGGGAAAAAGGCUAUCGGGGCACCGGGUUAUGGUGUCGUGGAAUGGAUCAGUACCGCAUGUCGAUUUGCUACAGAUAGAAAUGAUUUCAGAAGGAACCUUCUGGUCAACUUGGGACUCUUUGCAGCUGGAGUUUGGGUUGCCAGGAAUCUCUCAGAUUUUGACCUGAUGUCCCCUCAACCAAUCAUCUAGUGCAAUAACAAGAUGGAUAUCGUGAGAGGUGUCUCGGACCAAAAUGUCAGUCAUAAGGACAAGAUCUUGGGCUUGUUUGACAUUGCAGGUGAAUGCCGACUGACUGAUCUGCAAAGGACUUUGCAUCAUAAAUAACAUCUUGUUAUUUUAUUUGUAGGUCAGUCAGGUCAAUUUACCUAUUAUUCAUUAGGGUUUUGAUCCUCUCGAACGUGGCCAUUUACUUUAUAUUUACUGUGUUGGCACAAAAUCAUUGUUUGUUGGUGAUAGUCUGGAAACUGGUGUGCCUGCCUGCUUAAUACAUUAUUAAAACUGUAUGACAUUGCUUUCAGUAUCUCAACAUUUUAUGUAAUUGUUAACUUAAUGCAAUAAAUAACCAUGUAAAUAA